GGAAGGCAGUGGCUUGUUAAGGACACCAGGGUGGUGGUGUCCAGUCCACCAUCAGUCACCUUGGAGAUCAGAUCACCACGCUGACAGAAAUCAUAUUUGGAGAAUUAUAUAAGGUUUUCAAGAGUGAAUGUUGAAAGGAUGAGAUUAGAGAAAAUUAUAAAACUCUAAAUCUUGUCUUUUUUCAUUUUUUUCAGCUGAAGAGAAACUGAAACCAAAACUUUGAAAUUUCUCUUGAUUUAUAAACUGGCAAACACUUAACGGUAGAUUUGAAUGAUUUUAUUUAUACAAGUUACUGUGGAAUAAAGUGGUUGUUAGAAAAAACACUAACAACAUCAUAGCAAAAUGAAAUUCCUCCUACUGUUUUCCUUCAUUGUGUUCUGCUGGGCUCAAUAUGAGCCACACACUGAAAAUGGACGAACCUCUAUUGUCCACCUGUUCGAGUGGCGUUGGGCGGAUAUUGCAAAGGAAUGUGAGAGAUACUUAGCUCCUAAUGGAUUUGGAGGGGUGCAGGUAUCUCCACCUAAUGAACAUCUUGUGGUUAACAAUCCUUCAAGACCUUGGUGGGAAAGAUACCAACCAAUUAGCUACAAAAUAUGUUCAAGGUCUGGAAAUGAAGAUGAAUUCAAGGACAUGGUGAAUAGGUGCAACAAUGUUAGUGUUCGUAUUUAUGUGGAUGCUGUCAUUAAUCACAUGUGUGGAGAAGGGGUUCAAGCAGGAACCAGCAGUACCUGUGGAAGUUAUUUCAACCCACAAACCAGGGACUUCUCUGGAGUUCCAUACUCUAGUUGGGAUUUUAAUGAUGGCAAAUGUAGAAGUGGAAGUGGGGCCAUUGAAAACUACAAUGAUGCUGCUCAGGUCAGAGAUUGUCGUCUGGUUGGCCUUCUGGAUCUUGCACUUGAGAAAGUUUAUGUUCGUACCAAGGUGGCUGACUAUAUGAACCAUCUCAUUGACAUGGGUGUGGCAGGGUUCAGACUUGAUGCUGCUAAGCACAUGUGGCCUGGAGAUAUAAAGGCAGCUUUGGACAAACUUCAUAACUUAAAUACAAAAUGGUUCUCUCAAGGAAGCAGACCUUUCAUUUUUCAAGAGGUAAUUGAUCUGGGUGGUGAGGCACUUACAAGCAGUGAGUACUUUGGAAAUGGCCGUGUGACAGAAUUCAAGUAUGGAACAAAACUGGGCACAGUUAUGCGCAAGUGGAAUGGAGAAAAGAUGGCCUAUUUAAAGAACUGGGGCGAAGGUUGGGGUUUCAUGCCUUCUGAUAGAGCCCUUGUCUUUGUGGACAACCAUGAUAAUCAGCGAGGUCAUGGAGCUGGAGGAGCAUCCAUCCUGACCUUCUGGGAUGCUAGACUCUAUAAAAUGGCAAUUGGAUUUAUGUUGGCUCAUCCUUAUGGAUUCACACGAAUAAUGUCAAGUUACCAUUGGCCAAGAUAUUUUGAGAAUGGAAAAGAUAUCAACGAUUGGGUAGGACCACCAAAUGACAAUGGAGCAACCAAAGAAGUGACAAUUAAUGCAGAUACCACUUGUGGCAAUGGCUGGGUCUGUGAACAUCGAUGGCGCCAGAUAAGGAACAUGGUUGCCUUCAGAAAUGUAGUCAAUGGUCAACCUUUCUCAAACUGGUGGGAUAAUGGCAGCAACCAAGUAGCUUUUGGCAGAGGAAACAAAGGAUUCAUUGUCUUUAAUAAUGAUGACUGGUCUUUGUCAACAACUUUACAAACUGGUCUUCCUGCUGGCACGUACUGUGAUGUCAUUUCUGGAGAUAAAAUUGAUGGCAAUUGCACCGGAAUUAAAGUCUAUGUUUCUGGUGAUGGCACUGCACAAUUUUCUAUUAGUAACUCUGCUGAAGACCCAUUUAUUGCAAUCCAUGUUGAAUCAAAACUAUAAAAUUUAAAAUAAACUUAUACUGAGAGCAUCAA